CCAGCAAACAACGGCGACGUGUCCAAGGCAGGCGACACAGACCAGGCCAGCCCCAUCUGCACCCCGUGUGUAUAGCCAGUCAGCAUGGGCAUGAAACUCGAUGUCAAGGUACCUCUUCAGCACAUUGCACAACGCAACCAGCUAACGAACAGCGCAUUCACCUGGCUCGCAGCGAUCGAGUCAAGGCUGUACGCCAUUCAACUUCCUAACCAGAAUACUAAUCCCAGAUUGAUUUUCAUCCAACAGAGCCAUGGAUCUUGACAUCCAUGUACAAUGGCCAGGUCCUGCUCUACAACUACCAGACCUCCGCCAUCAUCAAGACAUUUGAAAUUACCGACGUCCCCAUUCGCGCAUGCCGCUUCAUUGCCCGCAAGAACUGGUUCGUGUGUGGUAGUGAUGAUUUCAUGCUGCGCUGCUUCAACUUCAACACUGGUGAAAAGGUGAUUCAAUUCGAGGCACACCCAGAUUACAUUCGUUGUUUGGCCGUGCAUCCAACCUUACCACUUGUCUUGUCUGGUUCGGAUGACAUGACAAUUCGAUGCUGGAACUUUGAUCAGAGCUGGAAAUUGCAGCAGACGUUUGAGGGACACGCGCACUAUGUCAUGUCGUUGGCCUUCAACCCAAAGGACACCAAUACAUUUGCUUCUUCCUGCCUGGACAAGACGGUCAAGACCUGGUCGAUUGGUUCUCCUCGCGCCAACUUCACGCUUGAUGCACAUGAUCGUGGUGUCAACUACGUCGACUACUACCCACAAAAUGAUAAACCCUACAUGAUCACAACAGGUGACGACAAGCAAAUCAAAAUCUGGGACUAUCAAACAAAAGCCUGCGUCCAGAUUCUAGAGGGACACACCUCGAAUGUCUCCUUUGCCGUCUUCCACCCUGAAAUCCCAGUCAUUGUGUCUGGCUCAGAAGAUGGAACCAUUAAAAUCUGGCACAGCGGCACCUACCGUCUUGAACAAACCUUGUCGUAUGGUCUCGAACGCGCUUGGUGUGUGGGUGUCUUGAAGGGUCGUAAUGACAUCUGCAUGGGAUUCGAUGAAGGCUGUGUUGUUCUCAAGAUGGGUCGUGAGGAACCAGCAGUCUCUAUGGAUGCCGCUGGAAAACUCAUCUGGUCGCGCGGUACUGAAAUCCAGACUGCCAUUGUCAAGGCAGAGGAUGAGGCGCUCAAGGAUGGCGAACGCUUGUCAUUGACAGUUAAGGAUCUCGGCGCUUGUGAAGUGUAUCCUGCAAUGCUGCAGCAUUCACCCAAUGGACGCUUUGUGGUGGUGUGCGGCGAUGGUGAGUAUAUCCUCUACACGGCCCUUGCUUGGCGCAACAAGGCCUUUGGCGCUGCAACGCAAUUCGUGUGGUCUGUGGAUUCCAAUGAAUACGCAAUUCGUGAGGCAAACGGCGGUGUCAAGGUCUUUAAGCAAUUCCGCGAACGUGUGGGAUUAUUGGAUCUCGGAUUCGCGUGCGAGUCCCUGUUUGGCGGUCAGCUAUUGGGUGUGAGUGCCGGUGAGUCGGUCAGCUUGUUUGAUUGGACAUCGGGUCAAUUGGUGCGUCGCAUUGACGUUGCUGGUUGUCAAGACAUUUUCUGGUCAGAGGAGGGUGACUUGUUUGCACUGUGCGUCGAUGAUGCAUUCUACGUGCUUCGCUUUGAUCGUGCUGCCUAUGACGAAGCAGUAGCUGCAGGAACAGCCUCGGAGGAUGAUGCCGGUGUGGAAGACGCCUUUGAAGUCAUUGCCACCAUCAAUGAACGCGUUGUGAAUGGUCGAUGGGCAGGCGACUGCUUCAUCUAUGCGGAUAGUGCGAAUCGUUUGCAAUACCUCAUUGGCGAUCAAACACACACCGUCAGUCACUUUGAUGGUGGAUACUACUUUUUAGGGUACAUCCCCCGCGAUGGACGUGUGUACCUUGCCGACAAGGAUAUGCAUGUCGUUGGCUACAAGUUGAGUCUCGAGCUCAUUCAAUACCAAACCCUCAUUACGCGUGGCGAAGAAGCGGAAGCGGCAGAGAUGCUAGCGACGAUGCCAGAGGAGGAGAAACCACGGAUUGCACGAUUCUUGGAGAGUAGAGGGUUGAAGGAUCUAGCACUCAGUGUCACAACGGAUCCUGAACAACGCUUUGAAUUGGCCCUAUCGCUUGGACAACUCGAGACUGCUUCUGCCAUUGCAGAGCAGAGUGGUUCUGAAGCGAAAUGGAAAGUAGUGGGUGAUGCUGCAUUGUCGCAUUGGGAUUUCGCCUUGGCAGAGCGUUGUUUUACAAAAGCGCGUGAUUUGCCCUCGCUCUUGUUGUUGCACAGUGCAACGGGUCAUGUGGAGGGGUUAGAGGCAUUGGCGGAAGAUGCAAGGAAAGCGGGGUUAUUCAAUAUUGCCUUUGCUGCUCAAUGGUCAACGGGCGAUGCAGCUGGAUGCGUGUCGACAUUGAAGCAAGCUGGAAGAGAGGCGGAAGCCUGUUUACUGGCUCGAGCGUAUGCACCUGCAUCCGUUUCCAGUACAAUGGAAGAUUGGCGGCAACGGCUCGUGAAGGAUGGCCGGGGCAAGAUCGCCGAGAGGUUGAUGGAGCCCGAGGGUCUUGCUGAGGCAGAGACGAGCACAAGCAACCAAGGUGGUGAUUUGGUUGAUUUGACAGAGACGGGCGAGGAGGUCAAGGAGCCAUCAGCGGGCGGCAAGAAGAAGAAGGGCAAGAAGGCCAAGGACUAGCAAUAGGAUACACAUCAAAGGAUAAAAAGAAAGAUUUGUUCUGUAC